AUGAAUUCUGUGAACGUGAUCGAAAUAGCAGACAGAGUUCAAGACAAUGCUGGUCGGUCGUUAUGCCAAACGCCACCUAAAGCUUUACUUCGUAAAAAUCAUCAAUGGAUGAGUGGUCUGAAAAAAUCACUGAUGGAUAGAUACAAAGACGAUAUACGGAAAGAAAAGAAGAUCUACAAUGACAAGAAAUUGAAGAAGGGUAAAGAAGAACCAACACAAUCUACUGAUGCUGAACCUCUCUUCCACCCAGCGUUAAAGGACAGUCGGUCUAUUAAAGAGUUCCAAUAUCUCAAUACAAUUGGCGAAGGAGCAUACGGCGUUGUGUAUAGAGCUCGCGAUAAGUCAACAGACGAAAUAGUUGCUCUGAAGCGACUCAAAGCUCUCAACGAAAAGGAAGGAUUUUCCAUCGCUGCUCAGAGGGAGCUCCGCACCUUACUGAAAAUACAACAUCCCAACAUUGUCGCGGGGCGGGAGAUAGCGGUGGGUUCUAGAAGAAACCAUGUAUAUGUGGUAAUGGAGUACGUGCCGCACCAGUUGAAAAGUUUGAUAGAAACGAUGCGACAAAAUCAUCUAAUGUUCUCCCCAGAAUAUAUCAAAUGCCUUAUGAUGCAACUUCUGACUGCAACACAACAUCUUCAUGACAAUAACAUCAUACACAGAGACCUCAAGACUAGCAACAUUCUUUUGUCCCAAGAUGGUGUUCUAAAGGUGGCAGAUUUCGGAUUGGCUCGAGAGUUUGAAUGCCCUCCUCAGCAAUAUACACCCGGCGUGUGCACGCGCUGGUACCGUGCGCCCGAACUGCUGUUGCUCAGCCCACAAUACUCCACUCCCAUUGACAUGUGGAGUAUCGGGUGCAUAUUAGGCGAAUUAAUCAACUUGUGGCCACUGUUUCCCGGAACAUCUGAAUUGGAUCAAUUGAAUAAAAUAUUUAUGGAUUUGGGUACGCCUUCAGAUUCAAUUUGGCCCGGCUACAGUGCGUUGCCGGCGUUAAGAAACAUAAUUUUCGACGACUAUCCACCGGGCGGGUUGCGCAAAAAGAUAAGCUGCAAAGAUCUUUCUGAAAGCGGUUUGUCUUUACUGGAAGGAUUAUUGACAUAUGAUCCUGCAAGAAGACUGACAGCCGCCGCUGCCUUAGACCACGAGUACUUCAAGGAGCUGCCGCUGGCAAUCGAGCCGGCCAGGUUCCCGAUAGCGAUGGAGUCGGUGGACAGCGGUCAGUAUUCCGCCACUGAACUGGAAGAGGAUCGCGACUCUCACUGUAGUACUACUUUAAGCGCUACUUUAGGCUUUGCUUGUUGUUUAAUCGUUUUCUUCUACAAAUUUAAAUAA